GCGGGACUCGGGCUGCUAUUGCAGGGUUGUGGCUGUCACUCAGUCAUGACCACUUCCUGUGGAAGGGUGAGAGAAGUCGCAAACCCCUGAUUUCAGUCUUUUAGAUACGGAACAGAGAGCGUCUCCGUGCAGCUGUAAAAUCAUGACGGGUUUAAGAGUCCAUGGAGUUAAGAACUGAGGCGUUCACCUGAUUAGAGCAAACACGACAAACCUGUUGUGCGGGGCUCACCUUGAUUCAAGGGAAAGCGAGCCGUGCAUGCUCCUGCUUCUUCCAUAGCAGCUUGGAUGCUUCACAUCUUGCCUACACACUGCAGCUCUCUGACACAGGUUGACAGACUUUAAGAACCAAAAUGGCAGAAGCCCACCAGGCCGUGGCAUUUCAGUUUACAGUUACUCCUGAUGGUAUUGACCUCCGUCUGAGUCAUGAAGCACUGAAACAGGUCUACCUCUCUGGGUUACGUUCAUGGAAGAAGAAAUUUGCCCGGAUAAAGAAUAGCUUUAUCACUGGAGUUUACCCUGCUAGCCCAUCAAGCUGGCUUUUUGUCGUUAUUGCUAUCAUGGGGACCUUGUAUGCUCGUGUGGACCCAUCCAUGGGAAUGAUAGAAAAGAUUAAAGAACAUCUGCCUGUAAGUAGCUAUCUUUCUCAUCAAGGCCAGAGCAUUUUAAGUGCCCUCCUAUUUUCUACUGGACUUUGGUUUGCACUUAUUAUGACCAUGAGGUUUAUUCUUAAACAACUCUUAUCCUAUCAUGGAUGGAUGUAUGAGCAACACGGCAAGAUGUCAGCCACCACUAAGUUGUGGUUGGCUUUGGUAAAGAUUUUUUCGGGUCGCAAACCAAUGCUAUACAGCUACCAAGCAGUACUGCCCCGUCUCCCUGUUCCAGGAAUUAAAGAUACAGUGCAACGGUUCUUGGACUCUGUUACACCACUGAUGAAUGACGAAGAGUUCAGACGAAUGGCCGCACUUGCAAAGGAUUUUGAAGUGAACUUGGCUCCAAGAUUGCAGUGGUAUCUAAAGCUAAAAUCCUGGUGGGCCUCCAACUAUGUGAGUGAUUGGUGGGAAGAAUAUAUUUACCUUCGUGGAAGAGGGCCGAUAAUGGUGAAUAGCAAUUAUUAUGCAAUGGACUUUUUGUAUGUUACUCCUACUCCAAUUCAAGCGGCGCGUGCAGCUAACACCGUACAUGCUAUCCUACUGUACCGACGGAAGCUCACUCGUGAAGAGCUGAAGCCGAGCAGAGUCCCUGGCUCCAUAAUCCCGCUGUGCUCGUCCCAGUGGGAGCGCACCUUUAACACCACCCGCAUCCCCGGAGAGGAGACAGACACUAUCCAGCACUAUGCAGACAGCAAGCACAUAGUGGUGUAUCAUAAGGGUCGCUUCUUUAGAGUCUGGGUGUACCACGGUGGGCGCCUCCUGAAUCCUAAAGAGCUAGAGCUCCAGUUCCAGCAUAUCCUAAAUGACCCGAGCCCACCUCAGCCUGGAGAGGAGAAGCUGGCUGCAUUAACUGCCGGAGAAAGGACUACUUGGGCCAAGGCACGUAAAAAUUAUUUCAGGAGUGGGAAGAACUUGCAGGCUCUGGAUCUAGUAGAAAAAGCCGCUUUCUUUGUCACUUUACAAGAUGAUGAGGAAGGAUUAAGGACGGACGAUCCAGUGAAUUCUUUAGAUGCUUAUGCCAAAUCCCUUCUGCAUGGAAAAUGCUAUGACAGGUGGUUUGAUAAGUCCUUUACUUUUAUUGUCUUCAAGAAUGGGAAAGUAGGACUGAAUGCUGAGCAUUCCUGGGCAGAUGCACCCAUCGUUGGACAUAUGUGGGAGUUCGUGUUGGCUACAGACUGCUUUCAGCUUGGAUACAAUGAGGAUGGAGGCUGUAAGGGCCAAGCUGAUUCCAGGUUGCCUGUACCCCAAAGACUACAGUGGGAAAUAUCUGAGGAGUGCCAAGAAGUCAUUGAAAGCUCCCUAACGAUCGCAAAGGCCUUAGCAGAUGAUGUUGAUUUCCACACAUUUCCUUUCAAAAAGUUUGGUAAAGGCUUAAUAAAAAAGUGCAGGACCAGCCCUGAUGCCUUCAUCCAAAUAGCUCUACAGCUUGCACACUACAGGGACAAGAGAAAGUUCUGUCUAACCUAUGAAGCAUCCAUGACCCGGCUUUUCCGAGAAGGAAGGACAGAAACUGUGCGCUCCUGUACUGUGGAAUCAUCUGAUUUUGUAAAGGCAAUGAUGAAUCCAUCUCAGACCAAUGAAGAAAGGUUGAAGCUGUUUCGACACGCAGCUGAGAAACACCAGAUGCUUUACCGUAAUGCCAAUACUGGAGGUGGAAUUGAUCGACAUCUUUUCUGUCUAUAUGUUGUAUCAAAGUACCUUGGGGUGGAUUCACCUUUCCUGAAAGAGGUACUCUCUGAACCCUGGCGCCUCUCAACUAGUCAGACCCCUAUUCAACAAGUGGAACUGUUUGAUUUGGUAAACCACCCAGAUUAUGUGUCAUGCGGCGGUGGCUUUGGACCGGUGGCUGACGAUGGAUAUGGAGUCUCCUACAUUAUUGUUGGUGAAAAUCUUAUCAAUUUCCAUAUAUCCAGCAAAUUUUCCAGCCAUGAAACUGAUUCUCACCGGUUUGGAAAACAUAUUCAGGAAGCACUGUUUGACAUUUUAGACUUGUUUAAGCUUGCCUGAUUUCUCGAAUGUGCUGUCUCUUUCCAGUUCACCGACAAUAAAGCAUCUGUGGAACACUCCUGGAACUGGAAGCAAUACAAACAUAAGUCCAAAGCAAAUACAGGGACCAUUUUUGGUGUUUUAUUUUAGCCUAAAAGGCACACAAAACCAACUAUACUGCAUGAACUGCCUCACACGGGCAAACACGCACAUACAGUACUUUCAUGAAUGUAGACGUACAAUCAUAAGAGACCAAUCAAAUACCUAGCAUCAUGGGGGGGAACUAUUUAAAGCUCAUGUGCUGGGAAAAGUUUUACAAAAGGCUAAUCGGAACCAUUGCCUCAAAGGCACCCGGGUACUGUUCCAAUACAUCUGAACACCUUUUCAGGAAUAUAUAGCAGGAAUAUCUAACCUGCGACCCUAUAUGCCUGCAACCCCCAGCCUCCCCACUAGCUGGAUGCUGGGAGUUGCAAUGCUGCUGUCGGGUCAUAGAUUGGACAUAUAGUCCAAGGCAGGGAUAUAAUGUUUGCAGACCUCCAGCUAAUGUCAUCUACAAAUCCUAACGGGAAGGGGGUUGCAUAUUUGGUUUUCCUUUUCGUGGUGAGCGAACAGAUGUGUUUCUCUUGUGUGUUGGUGCCUUACAUGGUUAUGUGCAGUUUUUUUAAGAGCGUAAUAUAUUGACGUGUUCAGUAAAGCAAUGCAAUUUUUCCAAUCUUUUGAUAUUUGCCAAAUGUGAAUAACCCCUUACACACGUUGCAGAAAUUUAUUUGUAAAACGACUUCCCCCCCCCCCUCUUCUGCUUCUGUAUUGCCAUUUCCAGAUCCUUGCCUUUAGCUGAACUUGUUUGAAAUGGUUUGCUUUUAGAUUCUAGUUGAUAUUUGUUGGAAUGUGCCAAGUUUUGCUAGUGUUUUUCCCCACACUGGCAGUA